AUGUUGCUGUACCUGGCAGCCCUUGUGGGCCUGUACCACCUUGUGCGCUGGUACCGGGAGAGGCAGGUGGUGAGCCACUUCCAAGACAAGUAUGUGUUCAUCAUGGGCUGUGACUCAGGCUUUGGGAACCUGCUGGCCAGACAGCGGGACAUGCAAGGCUUGAGGGUGCUGACUGCGUGUCUGACGGAGAAGGGGGCCGAGCAGCUGAGGAAGCAAGAGAGGUCAGAAUGGCUGGAGACAGUGAUCCUGGGCGUCACCCAGACAGAGGGCAUCGCUGCAGCCACCCAGUGGGUGAAGGAGCAUGUUGGGGACAGAGGACCCUGGGACUUGGUGAAUAAUGCUGGCAUCUCCUUCCCCUCUGCUCCCAAUGAGUGGCUGAACAAGCAGGACUUUGUGAACAUACUCAAUGUGAACCUGUUGGUCAUUGAGGUGACUCUGAGCCUGCUGUCUUUAGUGAGGAAGGCACAAGGCUGCAUGGUGAAUAUCUCCAGCAUCAUGGGCCGGGUAUCACUCUUUGGUGGUGGCUACUGUAUCUCCAAGUAUGGUGUAGAGUCCUUCUCCGACUUCCUCAGGAGGGAGCUUUCCUAUUUUGGGGUGAAGGUGGCUAUUAUUGAGCCUGGUUUCUUCAAGACUAAUGUGACCAAUAGUGAAAAAUUCAUGAUAAGUUUACAGGAGGUGUGGAACCAGAGCAGCUCAGAGGUCAAGGAGAUCUAUGGUGAGAAGUUUCUGCAAUCCUGCCUGAAAAAAUUGGUAUCAAUGGAGCAAAAGACCAACCCAGGCCUCCUGGUGACUGACUGCAUGGAACAUGCACUGACUGCCUGUCACCCUCGCACCCGCUACUCCCCUGGCCUGGACGCCAAGCUCGUUUACCUCCCCUUGAGCUACCUGCCCUCGAGCCUGGUGGAUGCCAUUGUGUACCUGGGCUCCCCAAAGCCAGCAAAAGCUCUGUAAAGCCAACUCUUGGGAGUAUGAUUGGGGGAACGUGGGUACUGUGCGAGGGCUGGGCUAUGUCAGGGAAGGGAAGUGGGUGGAGGAAAACAGCUCUCACAUGCCAGGGUACCUAUCCCACCUUCCUAGUCCAAAGGCUUUUUCUGAGGUAUUACUCAAGGCUGGUGAAGUGAGAAGGAAAGAGCCAAGGAAUUCUGCUGAGGAAAAGGGACUCAGCAGCACUCACUGAUGCCCAGUUGACCUAGGCAGCUGCUCAAGGCUCUGAGGAAUCUACACACCUGGGGUGGCUGGGAGCGUGUGGGAGGAUGCACAGCCCAUCCCUCAUUUGCCCCUUGUCUUCCUCCUGAGGGUAUGCAUUGGUCUUGGCUACUGUUUGUCUUCCCACAACGUAGAAAUGGCCUGGGCAACGUAGGGGCCCCUGUCCUUUACAAUCACUGUGUAGGUGGUGAAGGGCGAGAGGGGAGCCACCAGUCUAUCCCCUUGGGGGUUAGGUGUUGGUUGGGAGGCGGUUCCCUCAACAGGGAUC